ACUGCACUUCGGCACCGUCUCCGUCUGCCUCAAAAAGAAAACCCGCUAGAGUCAACGGUGAUCGUCAUUAGCUCCGAGUCCUCUCCCUCCUCCUACGAGUAUUCUAGCGCGAGUAAAUCGCUGCGUGCCUUGGCAAUCAAGGGAGCAACACACCAUUUGAACAGCUCUGCACCUUUCAAUACGCCACUACCUGCACUGCAGCCUGCAUCAACCGAGCAUCAUGGCCUCCUCCGUCUCCGGCAACUACCCGCGUUUCAAGGUCAUACUCGGAUCGUCGUCGCCGGCACGCCGCGAGAUCUUGGCCGACAUGGGAUACGAGUUCACCGUCAUGAGCGCCGACAUAGACGAGAGGGCGAUCCGGAGGGAGGAACCAGAGCAGCUGGUCAAGGCCUUGGCUGAAGCCAAGGCUGAGGCCAUCAAGCAGAAGCUUCAGGGCGACUCUGCUCCGGUCACAGACGGAGACCAACCUGCCCGUCUGCUGAUCACCUCAGACCAGGUUAUGGUGAGCAAAGGGGUGAUACGGGAGAGGCCACGGAGUGCAGAAGAAGCCAGGGAAUUCAUCAAUGGGUACUCGGGCGAUCGAGCGUUCGCAGUUAACUUCGUUCUUGUCACCGACCUGAGCACCGGGACUACAAGAGGAGGAUGGGACGUACCUGAGAUCAGGUUUCAGCACAUACCGGACGAGUUCAUCGACCAAGUGGGCGACAUGACCUGCGUGGCCGGCGGGCUUAAGCUGACACAUCCGUCAGUACAGCCAUUCGUCAAAGAACUGGUGGGCACGGUGGAUAGCGUCCGAGGUCUUCCGAGGGAGCUCACCGAGAAGUUGAUUCGAGAAUCGCUGCAAGGAAAGUGAUUUUUGUUUGCGAGCAGAAAUUCGUCGAUCUGUUGAAGCAGCUUCCACAGGAGUUUAACAGCUCCUGAGUAGUUUCCUCGUGUUAUAUAAGUAAAGGAAGAUGAUAUCGAAAUACAUGGGUGCUGAAUAAAACAGUAACUAGUACAGUGCUCGUGUGUGCAACUGCACAAAUUAUUCAAGGGGAGACUGCUGCUGUGUUAGCUACUGCUAAUGGAAUGAGGGGAUAGUAGAGAGGGAGCAGAGGUAGGAGACGAGAAUAGGGGAGGAAACAGGAACAGACUGUAUUGAUUCAGAGUAAAGUUCAUACAUGGUUCUCUUCUAACC